ACGUAUCACUUGGGGGAAGUACUUGAACAGUGGUCAGACUUGUGUGGCUCCAGACUACAUCCUCUGCGACCCUUCCCUACAAGGCCAAAUAGUGGAGAAGGUUAAAAAAAACCUGAAGGAAUUCUAUGGAGACGAUGCCAAAACUUCUCCUGACUAUGGAAGAAUCAUCAAUAAACGUCAUUUCAAAAGGGUGAUGGGCUUAAUAGAGGGACAGAAGGUUGCCUAUGGAGGGAAUGGAGAUGAGGCCUCCAACUACAUAGCCCCAACUAUCCUCAUUGAUGUUGACCCAAGGUCUAAUGUGAUGCAAGAAGAAAUCUUUGGGCCCCUUCUCCCCAUCGUCUGCGUGAAGAGCCUGGAUGAAGCUAUCCGCUUCAUUAAUGAGCGACCAAAGCCCUUGGCUCUCUAUGCGUUUUCUAACAAUGACCAGGUAAUAAAUAGGCUGGAAGAAACCUCACAGGUCACCUAAUCCAAUCUCAUU